AUGGCUGGCGGCUUCAUGAUUUCCAAGCCCGUGGGCAUCCUGUGCAUCAUCCUGGGCGUGGGGGCCCUGAGCACCAUCAUCGCUUUGUCCGUGGUGUACUCGCAGGAGAAGAGCAAGAACGCCGAGAGGCCCAACCCCACCCCCACCGCGCCGCCUGCCUCCACCACCCCAGACCAAAAACUGCCUUGGAAUCAGUACCGCCUGCCCAAGUCGCUGAAACCGCACUCCUACAAAGUGUCGCUGAGACCCUUCCUGACCCCCAACAGCCAGGGUCUGUAUGUCUUUACCGGCAGCAGCACUGUCCGCUUCGAGUGCGAGACUGCCACGAAUGUGGUCAUUAUCCACAGCAAGAAGCUCAACUACACCAAAGCUCCCGUGCUGCGGGCGGUGGACGGCUCCAAGGCCCCUGAAAUCAGCAGAUGGGAAGAGGUCAAGUUAACCGAGUACCUGGUGCUUCAUCUCAAGGACAAUCUCCAGAAGGGCAAGUCCUACGAGAUGGACACUCAGUUUGAGGGUGAGCUGGCUGACGACCUCGCUGGCUUCUACCGCAGCGAGUACAUGGAUGGCGGCGUCAAGAAGGUGGUGGCCACGACCCAGAUGCAGGCUGCAGACGCCCGGAAAUCCUUCCCGUGCUUUGACGAGCCAGCUAUGAAGGCCAUUUUCAACAUCACCCUCACUUACCCCAAAGAGCUCAAAGCUCUGUCCAACAUGCUGCCUAAAGCUACCAAGCCACUGGAAGGAAAUGCCUCUUGGAGUGUCACUGAGUUCGAGAGCACCCCCGUAAUGUCCACGUACCUGCUGGCCUACAUUGUCAGCGAGUUCGAGUCUGUGAACUCUAUAUCACCAGAAAAUAAAAUCCAGAUCCGGAUCUGGGGCAGACCCAGCGCAAUCAAGGAAGGACAUGGCGAUUACGCCCUUAAUGUCACAGGCCGCAUCCUGGACUUUUUCGCCAAACAUUAUAAUACCGCCUAUCCACUGAGCAAAUCCGACCAGAUCGCCCUGCCUGACUUCAACGCUGGCGCCAUGGAGAACUGGGGACUGGUGACCUACCGGGAGAACUCGCUGCUGUUCGACCCAGGAACUUCUUCCAUCGGCAACAAGGAGCGGGUGGUCACCGUGAUUGGCCACGAGCUGGCCCACCAGUGGUUCGGGAACCUGGUGACCGUGGCCUGGUGGAACGACCUGUGGCUGAAUGAGGGCUUUGCCUCCUACGUGGAGUACCUGGGCGCUGACAGCGCGGAGCCCACCUGGAAUCUGAAAGACCUGAUGGUGCCGAACGAGCUGUACCGGGUGAUGGCCGUGGACGCACUGGCCUCCUCCCACCCGCUGUCCUCACCUGCGGAUGAGGUCCAAACGCCCGCGCAGAUCAGUGAGCUCUUUGACUCCAUCUCCUACAGCAAGGGAGCCUCAGUCCUCCGGAUGCUGUCCUCCUUUCUGACGGAGGAUCUUUUCAAGGAGGGCUUGGCUUCUUACCUCCAUGCCUUCGAGUACAAGAACACCGUCUACCAGGAUCUGUGGGAUCAUCUGCAGAAGGCUGUGGAUAAUCACAAAUAUUUACUCCCCGGCUCCGUGAAAGACAUCAUGGACCGCUGGAUCCUGCAGAUGGGCUUCCCCGUCAUCACUGUGAACACUGCCUCUGGAGACAUCUCUCAGAAACACUUCCUCCUCGACCCCCAGUCCGAAGUCACCCGCCCCUCACCGUUCAACUACCUAUGGAUUGUUCCCAUCACGUCUAUGAAAAAUGGUGUGAAACAGAACAAUUAUUGGCUGAACGGCAGCCAGACUGCCCAGGAUCCUUUGUUCAAGAUGAACACCGAGUGGCUACUUCUGAACCUCAAUGUGACGGGCUACUUCCUGGUCAACUAUGAUGAAGCCAAUUGGAAGAGGCUUCAGACUCAGCUGGAGAGUAAUCCAUCGGACAUCCCAGUGAUCAACCGUGCCCAGAUUAUCCACGAUGCCUUCAGCCUGUCCACCGCUGGGAUAGUCCCCGUGACGCUGGCCCUGGAUAACACCAUCUUUCUGAGCAAAGAAACACAGUACAUGCCCUGGCAGGCCGCCAUCGACAGUCUGAGCUACUACAAGCUCAUGUUCGACAGCUCCAAGGACGUCUAUGACCCCAUGAAGCUCUACAUGAAGAAGCAGGUCACACCUCUUUACAAUUAUUUUGAAGGUGUCACCAACAACUUCACAAAGCGUCCAGAGACACUCAUGGACCAGUACAACGAGGUGAACGCCAUCAGCACCGCCUGCUCCUAUGGGCUUGAAAAGUGCCAAAGCCUGGUCAGUGAGCUUUACCGAAAGUGGAUGGCGAAUCCCACAGACAAAACGAUCAUUCACCCCAACCUGCGCUCAGCUGUCUACUGCAACGCCAUCGCCCUGGGUGGUGACGCCGAGUGGGACUUUGCCUGGAACCAGUUCCUCAAUGCCACUGUGGUGAACGAGGCUGACAAGCUCCGCGCUGCCCUGGCCUGCAGCACCAACCCCAAGACCCUCCAAAGGUACCUGAGCUACGCCCUAGACCCCAAAUACAUCCGGAAGCAGGACGCCACCUCCACCAUCAGCAGCAUUGCCAGCAACGUCCAGGGGCAGACUCUGACCUGGAUGUUCGUGAAAUCCAACUGGAAGAAGCUGUUCAAUGACUAUGGUGGCGGCUCCUUCUCCUUCUCCAACCUCAUCCAGGCGGUGACUCGGCGAUUCAACACACAAUAUGAUCUGCAGCAGCUGGAGGAGUUCAAAGAGGAGAACAAAGACACGGGCUUCGGCUCGGGUACGCGGGCGCUGGAGCAGGCCCUGGAGAAGACGAAAGCCAACAUCAAGUGGGUGGACACGAACAGGGACUCUAUCAAGAAAUGGUUCGACGAUCACAAGGGACAGCCCUGACCCAGUCACCAGGCCACCCGUGUCAGCCCGGUCCCCAGAACCCACUCCAGCCACCUCACUCCAAAGACAAGUUCUGGUCCAGUCUCCCCUGGUGAGGGGCCAUUUAACAUUCUCACGCCGCUGAUCUCAGGGAACCCCACCCCGCCCCAGGCCCCCAAGGACAGCCCCCAGGAAGAUGAUGUCCCUUGAGGGCUUGUGGCCCCUCCAUAACAUAACAAACCCCAACAAACCCACAGGACCAGAUCUGUAAUUUUUUUCUAAGAGAAAAUGUAA